AUGGCAAAAAAUACCUUAAGUUCGGCUUUUAGAAAAAUAGACGUUGAUCAGUAUAACGAAGAUAAUUUUAAGGAAGAUGAUCAAAAUGAAAUGCAGUCUUCACCUGUAGGGCCAGACGAGUGUGAAGUAACCCAAAUGAUUUCUCAAGGCAAAUAUUUCGAAGCAUUGCGCACAGUUUUGUCAAAUGCUCCUCUAGGAUCAAAAAGCCAACAAAUCAAAGAAAAUGCCUUUAAUAUUACUUUAAAAGUUUUAAUGUCUAUAAAAGCAUCGCAAAUGGAUGAAAUAAUAAGUCUGUUGGACACGGAUUUAUUAGACAUAUUAAUGAAGUACGUCUAUAGAGGAUUUGAAAUCCCUUCAGAAGGUUCCAGUGGACACCUUUUGGUAUGGCACGAAAAAGUUUUUGCAGCCGCUGGCGUGGGUAGCAUUGUAAGAGUUUUAACUGAUUCCAAAAGAUUUCAAUUAGUGCCAGAGGAUUCAAGUUUAUGUGUAAUGUGGCUUUGGUAA